AUGUAAGGCUAUUAUUAAUCAAGAGGACCUGUUUAAUAAUAACAAAUUUAUGAAUAAUAAUCAUUUAAGGAGGAGUAAGCUUUAAUUCAAUACUAUGUAUAUCAAGACCUCUAAAAUUUUAUAAAUCUAUUGUACUCUAUGAAAGCAAUUUAAUAGUAUUUUGCAAAUGAACCUAAUCAUCCAGCAAUAACUUUAAGCAUAAAUAAAGUGAUUUUACAAUUAAAUAUUUCAAAUUCAAUCCAUUAUGAUUUAGAUAAAGAACAUAAGGGUAUUUAAGCUUAACAUUGUAUUAUUGAAGAAAGAUAUAAAGUCUAAAAUAUGCUCAAGAGUUUCUAUAAUGAAUUUGGAUAGGGAUAAUAAUAAUUAAUAAAUAAUUAUAUUUAGAAUAGCUUAUAGUAGAAGGUAAGUAUUAAAUAGCUUGCUUUAUAAUAAACUUAAGAUUUUGUCUUUAAUUAAAAUCUUUUAAAUUAACUAAUUCCUUAAGUUGAAGUGAUUGAAUAAUAAAUACAACAUAUAAAGUAGGCAAAAUAUUAUCGAAUUCCUGAUUAAUAAGAGAUUAAAAAUAAAGCUAUGUAUAUGUUAAAUUUAUUUUUUAGUGAUUUCUAAAACUAGACGAAAUAUAAAUUAUAAAAUAUAUAUCCUAAGACUACUUAAUUCAAUCCUACUGAUGUAAGGGUCACAUAGAAUAUGCAACAAAAUGGAGGAAGCUUAAUUUAAAAUUAUAAUAAUAUAGGUGAUCCUAAUUUAACUGCCUCUGGAAAAUCAAAUAAUUAGACAUAUCAAAAAUAAUAUUGA